GACAAGUUUGGUGAGUGGUUAGUUCGUCUUCACGUCUCCAGUAAACCUUUUUUUUUUUGACAACCACUCUACGUUACAUGGAAUGCAGUGUAAAAAUGGUUGAUGAGGAGAACAACGUACUUCUAAGCACAAAGAAUUUUAACAUAGGACAAAGAAAUGGUGUUGAUCAGACACAAACAAAAUCGCCACCAUUUCCAGAUUUAAACUUAAGCAGUACUCCUCCUGUGCCCCAAGACUGGAUUGUGAUCCCUCCACCAGACUGUUUUCAGGACGCCAACAAUUACACACCUAAUGUUUGUCAAACCACACCAACAUCUGGAAAUUGGGAUCAAGAAACAGACAUUUUCCAACCUUCGAAUGGAAAAGUACACACUGAUCUUCAGCACAGCGCCCCAGCUAAUCAGAACACAGAAUGUUCCUCAUCAUCCAAUCAGAAGGAUUAUUUCAUGGAAUUUAUACUCUCCAGACACAAUGAUUUGCAAGCUACGACCUCCCCCACAUCACCAUUGAAUUCUGGAGACAUUUUCCAAGAAACACCCACCAUGACGGCUAGUUCCUUUGAGACUAAUUCGACAACCGAUAACUUGCAUCAGUCAUUACCUUCCACAUCACCUUAUAGUUCUAACACCACCCCAAUGUCUAAUGAUAUUUUUAAGAUGCCCUCCUCCAUCACUAGAAACAAAGUCUUCCAGUCCACACCAUCUGUUCAGACCCCAACUUUAAUGUCAUUUGACACCAAGGCAUUUGAUCCUCUUUUAGACACAUCAACCAAACCUCAAAAUGAUGUACAGCCCAAACACAGCGAGAUUGAUUAUGAUACACUGCUCACCAGCCCAAAGCUUGACAUUCACAUUUCUCCUAUGGGUCUGCAAAAUGGAACGGUCCAAGGGAUACCAGCUGUAGAAGCUUCUUCCUCAAACACCUCACCAAGGCUGACUUUUAGGAGGCAUCAACCGAAACCUGCCCCACGCAGCAGAGCCCUUAAGACUACCAAUCAUACUACCACAUCCAUGCAGACGCUGUUGGCCAACAUCCCUCCCACACCUACCCCUAGUUCUUUUGCUAGCAUCCAGGACAAAACACCAGCAUCAGAGAAUGAUCUUCCGGUUUAUGAGGAUGUUCUUCUACUUGGUCAGGAAAAAUGUGUGGAGGACUGGCCAGAAAACAGCCCAGAACUUUCUCCUGAAUGGAAACCAGCAGGCACAUUAAAACUUAGAAGAUAUUCUAUACUGAUUGCAGACGUGUCUGAUGGACCCACGGGUACUGAUGUUACUGCAAAGAAAAAUGGAAAACUGACUGUAGGAAAGAAACAAUCUUUCCUGAAAAGAAGAAGUUCAAAGGAUAAAAUUGGAGAUGAACCUAAGGCUUCUGAGCUGAACACUCUGGGCAGGGGUUCCAAGCUCAAUGGUGAUGGUGCGAAUGCCGUUUUUUCAUCAGAUAAAGAACAGAAUGAGUAUAAAUCAAAGAAAUCCUCAAAACCCAAGAUUAUUAAUAUGCGCAGAGGAUCUAAGGUAAAAUCCAUUGAAGGUUCAGCCAAAGGAACAAAUAGUUCUGCUCAAGAGUCAAAGGAGGAUAUAAUGUCCUCAUUGAAAAAUGCUGAUAUCAGGAUUUGUGGGGAGGAGGGGAAAGAAAAGGACUCCAAACCGAAAUUCAAGCCUCUUGUGCCACGCCGGCCAUCAAAGUCUUUUUCCAAAGAUCCUUCUUUGGAUGGAAACUUCGAAAUUGACACUUCCUUUAGCACUUCGCCCAGUGAAAGGGAUCAGGGACCUGAGAUCGAUAAACAUCCUGAAGAGAAAAAUUCAGAAGAAAUGGAUGGACAGAAACAAAAAAAGAAAGUCAAAGUCAAAUUUGUUCCACAAAGAGGAUACGUUAUUGGCUUAUCCAAGGAGAGUGACGACUCUGAACUGAAGGGAGCUUGUGGUUACAUACCAAAUCCAGAUUUUAAAGAAAAUGACAGGUUGGAUGAACUGAAGGGAGCAUGUGGCUACACGCCUCACUCAGAGUUCAAGGAAGACACAUUAUUGAAAACUGAAGCUGGACACAGCUACUCACCUGGUGAUUUUAAGAGUUCAUAUUUCAGUGGGUUUGUGAGAUCUCCUUCAUGGGAUUCAAAGGCAGCCAAACAUGAGAAAGACUUUAAUAAAGGAACAGAUGUCAUCACAUGUUUAGACGGCAAUGAAAAACAUCAAGAGAUGCAAGACUGUCGACCAAAGAAGCCAAUUAAAUUUAAAUUUCCCAGCUUGCAUCGAAGAAAAUCAAAGAGUAAUGAAGUUGCUGAAGUCAAACAGCUGGCAACCAGAGACCAUGAUGCUUCAGCGCUAAAGAAAACUUCAAUUUUUCAAGUGCCACCAAUGCCCCAGCAAGACUCAAAGAGCACUGAGGAUGAGGAUGAGGUCCCUCAAAAGGGUGCAGAUCUUUUCAAGGCAGGCGACCAUGAGUUUUCAGAGGAUGCUGGCUGGGAGGAAUACACUCUGGACAAUAAGCCUCAGAAAUCCAAUAAAAUGAGCAAGCAUGGCAAGUGGUCCAAGAAUAAAGAUGUAAUGGACUUUCCUAAAGACCUUUUGCCUCCAGGUGCUACAUCUGGAGACUUUUACCUGUCUGAGGCUGCUAAGGCUGAAUGGAUGUCUGCUCAGAUGGACAUGAGAAGAGCAAAAGAGCAAGAGGAGGAUCAGAGGCUGGAAGACGGGGAAGAUGAAGGGGACACUGACAGCCUCAUGGAGUGGUGGAACACAGUUGAGUUUUGGGAUGAAUUGCCUUCUGAUGAGAAUAUCAGCUUUAAAGAGGAUGAGACCAUAUCAUUCAAAGCUAUUGCAGAUAAGGUCCAUCGUGGCCUCCGCGUGUACCUGAAGCUCUUCAUGGAACGAGCUGAACUUCUCUACCAGCAUGUGCUGAUCUUAUAUGCCAUCGCUGAAGACCUCAGUAACUUCCACCAUCGUGCUAAAAUAGCAAACAUCACCGGAGGCACCACCACAGCUGUGGGUGGAGCUGCAGCCAUCGCUGGCCUGGCACUAGUUCCUGUCACUUUUGGUGCUUCCCUUGUUAUCUCGGCCAUUGGAUUGGGUGUGGCCACAGCGGGCGGCAUCACAGCAGCUUCAGCCACCAUUUCGGAUAAAUUCAACAACAUGCAUGACCGUAAGAAGAUUGAAAUAAUCAUUCAAGACUAUGAGGCCCAGUUGGUCGAGAUGCAACACUGUUUGCAGUUUAUCACUGAAGGUCUUCGCCGCCUACGUAGCCACCCGUUGCUACGACGGAACAACUACUUUAUUGCUGACUGGGAAGUACGAAGGGCCCUCCAAACCAUUAGCUUCGUAAGUGACCCAGUAGAACGAGCUGAAGAAAUAACAAACAAUACGAUGGCCAAGUUGGCCAGCCUGCAUAAAGGAAUGGACAAGUACUUCACUAAAGACUCAAAGGAGGUGAAGAAGGGCUGUAAGAAGGAGGUGACUGCUGAAGUUAAAAGCCUGGCCAAGAACCUGCAAGAAGGCUUAGUGGAGCUUAACUCUAUCAGAGAACAACUGCUUGAUGCAUGUGGAAAUAUAUAAAACCAGCUAUAAUUAGCCUACAGUACUGCAAUGAGCAAUCUGAUUUUCAAUAUUCCAUUAUAGCACCAUUAUGACAUAAAAUACACUGCUUGGCCAAAAGAAAAGUUGCAUACUCUAAUAUUUCAUUGGACCGCCUUUAGCUUUGAUUACGGCUUGCAUUAGUCUUGGCAUUGUUGCAACAUCACAACAUUUAUUUCCGUCCAGAGUUGGAUGAAUUUUUGGCCGAUAUCUUGUAUUGACAACAGGAGAGUCGAACCACUCCGUAAAGUCUUCUCCAGCACAUCCCAAAGACUUUCAAUGGGGUUAAGGUCAGGACUCUGUGCUGGCCAAUUCAUUUGUGAAAAUUAUUCCACAUGCUCACAGAACCACUCUUAGUGCCCACUGUACAAGCCUCUGGAGGCAGUGUUACGAUCUGGGGUUGCUUCAAUUGGUCAGGUCUAGGCUCAGCAACAUUAUGUGGCAAUAAAAUGAAGUCAGCUGACUACCUGAAUGUACUGAAUGACCAGGCUAUUCCAUCAAUUUAUUUUUUAUUCCCUGACGGCACGGGCAUAUUCCAGAACAACAAUGCCAAGAUUCAUUGACUCAAAUUGGGAAGAGUGGUUCUGGUGCAUCGCUUCAUGCGCUUCCCUUCUUCGCCUGAUGCGCCCAUCACUUUGGAAUAGGGUAAAUCUAGCCUCAAUAACAAGUGGCUUUCUUAUGGCCACACAGCUGUUUAGUGCCAAUCCUGUAAGUUCUCAUCACAUUGUGAGUGUGGAAAUGCUCUUACUUACACUAUUAAACAUAGCUGUGAGAUAUGUCUUCCGACAUGAUUGUUUAAGAAAUGAGAAGCUAUGCACUGCAUCAGUUAGGGUUAAAAGAAUUGUUACCAGCUGAAACACAUUAAUCACUGCAAUACUGAUCCAGUCAUAGGCUCUUAAGUAUCUGCUUAUUUAAAUCCAAACGGCAACUUUUUUUGGCCAGGCAGUGUAGUAUUUUAACGUGGUUGUAUUUUCACCUAAUGCACGAGUCACAGUUUGUGGUUGAGGUGUAGUUUUUAUAGGAGUAGUUCGAUUUCCCUGUUCAGAGGCCACUUCACAUACACAAGUAUUCCAUUUUAUAUACAUUUUUAAUUAUUAGAUAUUUUUAUUUAAACUUUGGAUAAAAUUCACGUUAGUCAUUAUACUGUAUAUACAGUAAACAAUUAUUAGAAAACUAAACUUUUGCAGAAACAAACUACUGUCUUGCUGCUAUGUUUUAAUUGUAUGUAUCCUUAAAGCUAAUGUAGAUUCGAUUUAAUCUAUGCGGAUGCAAUUAAAGUUUAUUACUUCGCUUUCUUUAUAACAGAUUGUGGUGGGGUGCUCACAAUAACUUAUAAUGGCAAAGAUAAAAUGAAAGGCUACAUUUAACCUGAACCGUGCAACUUUGCUACAGUAAAAUGCUAUUACCGGUAACAGAAUUAUGAAGUUACUUAGAAGGGAAAAUUACCUUUUUCAACAAACACGCCCAGUGCUUUUUUUAUGUCAUACUUUCUAAGCAUUCUCUUAUGUCCUUUGACCAUAAAGUUCAAGACUGCGGUAAAGUUGGUUUCAUAUUCACACAUUCAGACUUCUUUUGUCAAUAGAUUUCUAAUAGUGGAUGUAAUACGAUCAGUGUUUGUCAAAUAUAUUAACUGGCACGUAUGACAAUCAGCUACAUAUUUCUUUAUUGUAUGCCUUUCCUACACUGACAAUCGGUACAUUUCUAUUCUUGUAACAUACUCUUUAUAUUAAAACAUGUUUUUCAUGCAACCUUAAUGCACUUUUCGAUUAUUUCAGCCAUUGUAUUACUAGUUGAGUGGAUGUUGAAUAUUGAAUUUGUGGAUGUUGAAGGUUGAAUACCUCAGACAUAUUGGUCUGCUUUAAAAAUAUAAACCUUUAUUGAUUUUUGAUUUU